GGCCAGACGGCGGGCCUCUGCCACAUUGCCACUCGCCAAAACUCGCCCGAUGCUGCACGUGGAGGCCGCGCACUCGUGGACGCUCGAUGUCUUUGCGCUCUCGACGCCCGAGAUGAUCUCGCUCGCGACGCGGCUCUUGCACUGGGCCGGCGUCGACGCCUACCUCGGCGUCUCGACCGCCGAGCUCCAUGCGUUCGUCGUCCGCGUCGAGGCCGAGUACCGCGACGUGGCGUUCCACAACUUUCGCCACGGCGUGUGCGUCAUGCACGUGACGUACCUCGUGCUCCAUGGCCUCGGCAUGCACAUCGUGCGCGACGACGUGGCCAUGGACGUGCAGCACCGGGCCGCGCUCCUGCUCGCCGCGCUCUGCCACGACGCGCAGCACGACGGCCGCACCAACCAUUUCCACGCCGCGACCAAGUCCGCGACGUACCUCCGCUUUCCCGUGCGCGCGCCGCUCGAGCACUUGCACGCGGCGACGACCUUGCACCUCCUCGACGACACGUGCCUCUUGGCCAAGCUCCCGCGGCCCGAGGCGUUGACGCUCCGGACGCGCAUCGUCGACCUCAUCAUGGCCACGGACAUGAACCUCCACGACGAGGUCCUCGCAAACGCCAAGGCCGAACCCACCGACAUUGACGCAGUUGCGAAACUCAUCCUCCACUGCGCCGAUAUCUCCAACCCGAUCAUGACGACCGACAUGUCGCGGCGGUGGGCCAAAUGUCUCAUGGACGAGUUUGCGGCGCAGGUGGCGGACGAGCGCCGACUGGGGCUGCCCAUCUCGACGUUCAUGAUCGCCGCGCCCAACAGCCGCGACGAAGCGAGGCUGCACAUGGACUUCAUCGAGCGCUACUCGGGCGACGCGUGGCACACGCUCGUCGACGUGCUCAAGACGAGCCCGGACCUCUUUGCGACCUGCCUCUCGAACCUCGCGGCCAACGAAACAUACUGGCGGUUGCGCAUUGAUAAGUAUACACCGUCGCCGGCGCGGUCCUUGAGCCACACGAGCCCCACCGAGACCUCGCCCGUGGUGCGCCCGCCAUGCGUCGAGUCGCUCCAGGCCGCAUGAUGCACCACCCAUGAUAGACCCCAACAUUAGUUAGUAGACCAACCUCCUUGUACCAUAUUAAGAUUCGACACGACUCCCUAUUAUUACUAUGAGACACGCAACGUAUUGUCUGC